AUGAAGCUCACGACGACGCUGACCGGGAGAGACUUGCUUCAGAGCCUCCAGUGGUUCUACGACCAGUCGCCGCCGACAACCGGGUCCAAUUCGCCGAUCGUAGCGAGCCCCGUUCGACGGCGACGGGGAAGCACGGUGACCCAAGACCAGCUGCACGCGGUGCGGCUCAAGAUCGAAGCCCAUCAAGAGAGUGCGCGCGAUGCUGGCGUCCUCAACACGAUCGCAUGGCUUCGCGCCCACGACGAUGAGCAGACCGCGCCGAAAGCCACGGGCUUCCUCACGUCGGUGCUGCAAUUUCUACACGUCACCGACGAGCCGGCCAUGAACACCGUUGACAGUAGUAGCGACACGACAUGGCGGCUGCCACGGCACUGGGCCGAGCACUCGCUCCGCGUUCAGUGGAACGAGCUCGGGUACCGGCUCCUCAACGCGUCGUUCUAUGUGGACAUGAUGCAAGCGCGCAAGAUCAUCCUCUCGGGCGAGCUCUUGUAUGCGACGAGCGACGAGUGCAAGGCGUUCGCGACGUGGCUCGACGGCUUCUUCGUGCACAUUGAGCUCUUGCAGCAGCUCAAGCAGCGUUUUCUGCGCCUCAAAAGCGCCACCUGUAAUCGACAACUCACUGUCUCGACGCAGUACGGCCGCGCCAACUCGCUCUACAACGAGUCGAUCCGGUUCAUGCACGCCAAGCCCAUCGCGCUCUACGGCGAGAAGGUUCUCGAGUUUCUCAACGAGCUGGAAAUGACGCUAUGGGACGAAGAAGAGGCGAUCGCGGACGUGAACCGGCACGUCACCAACGCCGACGACGAACGCCUUGCGAUCGCUCGCCUCUUUGCCGAUCUGAGCGUGACCGAGCCUGCCGGUGUCGUCGUCGCCAAGCUCGUCGCGUGGAUGCCACAGGCGCUCGAUGCCACCGACGUCCGCGCCUUUGUGCAACUGUUUGGCGACGACGUGCAGAGCUGCAUCUCGGGCGUCUGGCUCCGUGCGUACGCCCAGCACCUGCACCUCCUCGAAGCAUUCGAGGUCGACUUAAGUGCCACGACAGCCUACUCGCGGUCCCGCGUCGAUGUAUCGCCGCUUCAUCCAUCCAUCCCCUAG